AUGGCAUGGGGACUAGGAAGACUAGCAGACAUUCUAGGAGAGUAUGACUACAAAGCGCUUGAUCUCUUAAGCUGUAUGACUUUAGACGUUGAAAAUUGCCAUGCCACUGUUCCUUCCAAGAAAGUGAACGUGUCUAAGCUCGAAUAUGCUAGGUCGUUUGGUGCAACAAUGAAGGAGAGCGUCAAACGUGCUACAAGCUGGGCUGCGUACUAUCACACCAGUCAAAGGUCCUGGUACCCAAAGCCCGACACAACGGUGUCUCUUCAUAACGUACCGUUGAUGAUGCCUCUGUCCGUUGUCAGCCUUCCUGCAAAUGACUGUGACCUCUUACGCAACUGGGCCUCAGCACAGGAAACUACAAUGGCUAAGCACGGAACAUUGCCAGAGUAUCUUUAUCAACGCCAUCUCGAAGUUGGUGAUAAGGUUAAUCUGAACUUCGGAGUUGAUGAAGAUGAAGGACCCCAUGAAGAUCUGAACGAGCGUGAAGUGAGUGAGGAAGCUAGUGUCUCUAGCGAAGGCCAGCAAGAAUUUGAUGAAAGUAGUGACGAAGAAGUUGAAGUCAGUGCAGAUGACAACAAUUCUCAGGGCCAGCAAGAUGAAUUAGGGGCAUUGAGAAUUUUCUCUUUGGUGCAAGGUCGCGAUAUGGAAGGGCAGUGA